AGCACCUCUGCCCUCUGUACACCUCGAGAAGAACGCGAACGUAUUCGUUCUUUUCCUUUCCUUUAUUAAUCGCCGGCGUUGUUGGUUUGAUUUUCGCUUCCUUUUUCAAAAGAGAAAAUGUCAUCUUCUGAGGCGCCGGCGACGCACAAGUUCAGCGCCGAGGUACGCGACGACAACCCAUACAGCCGUCUCAUGGCGCUGCAGCGGAUGGGCGUCGUGGACGACUACGAGCAGAUCCGCCACAAAGCCGUCGCCAUCAUCGGCGCCGGCGGCGUGGGCUCCGUCGUGGCAGAAAUGCUGACACGCUGUGGUGCGGGCAAACUCCUCUUGUUCGACUACGACACGGUCGAACUGGCGAACAUGAACCGGCUCUUUUACCGGCCGGAGCAGCAGGGUUUGACGAAGGUGCAGGCGGCGAAGGAGACGCUGGAGAGCAUCAACCCCGACACCGUCGUCGAGCCGCACGCGUACAACAUCACGUCCACCGAGCACUGGCAGCAGUUCACAGACGCGCUAACCUUGGGCGGUGUGGUGGCCGGUACGCCGGUGGACCUGCUGCUGUGCUGCGUUGACAACUUCCAGGCCCGUCUCACCGUGAACCUCGCGUGUCUCACCUACAACGUGCCGUGGAUGGAGAGCGGGGUAGCAGAGAACGCCGUUAGCGGACACAUCCAGCUGCUGCUACCGGGUGUCACGCCGUGCUACGAGUGCUGCCCGCCGUUGGUGGUCGCGACGGGGCUGCCAGAGGCGAAGCGCGAGGGCGUAUGUGCCGCCUCGCUCCCGACCACCAUGGGCAUCGUCGCGGGUUUCCUGGCGCAGAACACGCUCAAGUACCUCCUGCACUUCGGCGAGGUCUCCGAGUACGUUGGCUACGACGCGAUGCGGGACCACUUCCCACGCGUGGAGCUGCGCGCCAACCCGGAGUGCCGCAACGCGCUGUGCGUAGAGCGACAGCAGGCGUACGCGCUGCAGGUCAAGGAGCGUGGGGAGGCCGCCCAUCCUCUCUACGAAGCCCGCAGAGCCCGCGAGGAGCGCGCUGCGAAGGAGAAGUUGGCGGCGCAAGCGCGUGCGCAGGCCUGUGCGGCGGAGUGGGGCAUUACGGUGGAGGCGGAAGGGAAGGCGUCGCUGGCGGUCCGCAGCGGGGCAGUGAGUGCGGGAGACGCCAUCGGGGUCGAGACGGCUGACGCGCCCACCGGUGGGCCGUCGGCGACGGAUGGGGAGAGCGGGUUGGAGUACGCGUACGCCGCGGAUGAUGGCCACAACCCCGACGCAGCGGCGGCGGAUCCUUAUGUGAAGACGGACGACACCUCGAUCGAGGAGUUGAUGGCGCGCCUGAAGGGUAUCCAGUGA